CGGCUCCUACGGUGAGAAAAAAAGAGAGAACAGAACAGUUUCAAACACGUCGGCAUAAAUCUCACAACCAGAGCUCCCCUUUUCUCCUUCCCCUCCUGACGGACUUCAUUACUUUAUUUCUCUGCGCACCAAUGCCCGAGACCACGCCGAAACGAAGGAUUUUUUUCCCUUGAGCAUGAAAAGGAUUGCCAAAUCAUCCGCAAUCCAACAUCACCGACUGAGCCACCAGCAUGAGCACUGGAUACAUAUGCUCCAGCAGAAGUUGUUGGCUCGAGCAAUAACAAAUCUUGGACCGCAAAUACAGCUAAGAGGGGAGAGUCAGUUUUAGGUCUCCACAUAAUGGAGCGAGAAUGAACAGAGAGCGGCUUAAAAAAAAGCAUGAACUGGAGGUUUAUUGAGGUCAUCUGCUUCCUGUUUAUAUGGGACCAUAUAACAGUUCAGUCUUCCCGCCAGGACCCGUUGGCCACUGAGCAACAUGUCACCAAGCAAUAUGACUGGCUCAUCUCUGACCGUGGACCUUUCCACCACUCUCGGAGUUAUCUGUCCUUUGUGGAAAGAUUCCGCCAAGGAUUUACGACCAGAUAUAAAAUUUAUAGGGAAUUUGCACGUUGGAAGGUGAGGAACACAGCCAUCGAGAGGAGGGACCUGAUCCGGAACCCCGUGCCGCUCAUGCCUGAGUUCCAGCACAGUGUACGCCUGCUGGGCCGCCGACCCACGACUCAGCAGUUCAUCGACACCAUCAUCAAGAAAUAUGGAACCCACAUACUCCUCUCAGCCACCCUAGGAGGAGAGGAGGCACUGACUAUGUACCUGGCCAAAAACAAGCUGGACAGGAAGCUUGUCAAUGCUACUCAGAACGUGGAAGCUCUUCAUCAGCUGGCCUCGUCCUACUUCAUCGACCGUGACGGGACGAUGAGGAAGCUGCAUGAGAUCCAAAUUUCCACCAAUGCCAUCAAGGUGACAGAGACACGGACGGGGCCGCUGGGAUGCAGUAGCUAUGACAAUCUCGACUCGGUUAGCUCCAUCCUUCUGCAGAGCCCAGAGAGCAAGAUUAAUCUGCAAGGUCUUCAGGUCAUUUUCCCAGAAUACCUGCAGGAGAAAUUUGUCCAGUCAGCCCUGAGCUACAUCAUGUGCAAUGGAGAGGGAGAGUACGUGUGCAGUAACAACCAUUGCAUCUGUCAGUGCGCCGACGACUAUCCCCAGUGCAACUGUCCCAUCACUGACAUCCAGAUCAUGGAGAAUAGCCUGCUGGGGAUGUCUGAGUCCUGGGCCUCUUCUUACAAAGAAUUUGAGAACUCUGAUGAGUUCAAGUCCUUCCUGAAGAGGCUGCCCUCCACUCACUUCCUGCCCAUCAGCAGUGUGCAUCUCCUGUGGGGCAGUGACUGGGACCUUCAGGCUCGCUACAGGCUACUCCAGAGUUCCCUGGAGAUCCAGCGGCUCAAGAUCCAGCGCACUGCCCGCAAGCUCUUUGGCCUCAGCAUCCGUUGUCACCACAACCCCAACCACCAGAUGCCUAGGGAGAGAUCUGUGAUGCAGUGGUUGAACAGGGUUCAGUCUUUCCUCUACUGUAAUGAGAACGGGUUCUGGGGGACCUUCCUGGAGAGCCAAAGGACAUGCGUGUGCCACACAGGUGUUACCUUAUGCCAACGACCCAUCCCAUGCGUCAUAGGUGGCAACAACAGCUGUGCCAUGUGCAGCCUGGCCAACAUCUCACAAUGUGGCUCCUGCAACAAAGGCUACAAGUUGUACCGUGGUCGCUGUGAGCCCCAGAACGUGGAUUCAGAACGUAGCGAGCAGUUCAUCAGCUUUGAAACUGAUCUGGACUUUCAGGACCUGGAACUCAAAUACCUGUUGCAGAAAAUGGAUUCCCGACUCUACAUUCACACGACUUUCAUCAGCAAUGAGAUCCGACUAGAAACCUUCUUUGACCCAAGAUGGCGUAAGCGCAUGUCCCUGACCCUGAAGAGUAACAAAAACCGGAUGGACUACCUCCACAUGAUUAUCGGUCUGUCGAUGAAGAUCUGCCAGAUGAGAAAUAGCAGCAUUGACCCCAUGUUCUUUGUUUAUGUCAACCCCUUCAGUGGUAGCCACUCAGAAGGCUGGAGCAUGCCCUUUGGGGAACAUGGAUACCCACGCUGGGAAAAGGUACGACUACAAAACUCGCAGUGCUUCAACUGGACUCUCCUGCUGGGCAACCGGUGGAAGACCUUCUUUGAGACGGUGCACAUCUACCUGCGUAGCCGCGCUAAGAUCCCAACUGGCUUACGCAAUGACACGGGACAGGGUCCAGUGGAUCUUGGAGAUCCUAACAAGCGGCAGAUCUACAUCAAAAUAUCUGAUAUCCAAGUGUUUGGCUACAGCCUACGCUUUAAUGCCGACCUGCUCCGUAGUGCUGUGCAGCAGGUUAACCAGUCGUACACACAGGGAAAUCAGUUCUACUCCUCCUCAUCGGUCAUGCUCCUGUUGCUGGACAUAAGGGAUCGGAUUAACCGCCUUGCCCCUCCGUCUGCUCCCGGCAAACCCCAGCUGGACCUCUUCUCCUGUAUGCUCAAGCAUAGGCUGAAGCUCAACAACAGCGAGAUGAUUCGAGUAAACCAUGCCUUGGACAUGUACAGCACAGAGAUACUAAAACAAUCAGAUCAUCUGACUGCUAAACUCUGCUGAACAUAGUAACAUUCACAGAAGGACAGCAACGUGAAGCACCCAACAAAUGAACUAGGCGGGGAUAUUAAUCUUAAUUUUCUUUUUCUCUUUUUUCAUUUUUGGACCUUUUCUGCCUUUUGAUGUAAUAUUAACUUUGUAAGCAUAAUUCUUAAAGAGAUAAAGGAAAAAGGCACUGAUGAAAAGCAUUUCAGAUUAAGAUAAAGAAGAUUAAUGGAACCACUAUAAAGACUGUAUCAUAUUUGUCCCAGCAUGUCUGUCAUUCCCUAAAAAGAUCUAAAAAAAAAAGAAGAAAAAAAAAAAGAAAUAUUAAAU